UUAAAGCAUUUGUUCGAGUUCGAGUUCUAGCUAGCUUCAUCAUAAAAACACUACUACACUACAACUCCUUGUGUUUUUCCUUUUUUUUUUUUUUAUGAGAUUUGAUUUUCAGGUAAAGAUGGAGAAUGUAAACUGGAGUAGGCAUUGGUGUUCGCUUCUUGGGUGCUUAGGAGUGAAUUUGCUGGUCUACUUCCUCCUCGUUGAUUGUUCUGAGAAGACCCCACUUAGCAGGAGAAUUCUAUCAUCGAACGUCAAAGACCAAGAAUUUCGUGACGUGAAGCUGUAUACCAGCCAUCAGCAGGUGGUGGUGGAUAAUGGCCUCGUGCAAGUCAUAUUGUCGAGACCGGAGGGUGAUGUCUUGGGAAUAAAGUACAAUGGUAUCAGUAAUUUACUUGAGGAUCAUAAUGAAAGAGAUGAUAGGGGCUAUUGGGACGUAGUCUGGAAUCAGCCAGAUGGUCGCGAGGGUAUUGUUGAGAGAAUGGCAGGAACAAACUUUACGAUUAUAACUGAUCACAAGGACAAAGUAGAGCUUUCGUUUAGCAAGACAUGGAGCGUUUCGUCCAAAGGAAAAGGAGGUGUUCCCUUAAACGUAGACAGAAGGUAUAUAUUGCGGCGUGGCAUUUCGGGAUUUCAUACGUACGCAAUAUUCGAGCGCCUUCAAGGAUGGCCGAAGGUGGAUUUGGGUCAAAUUAGGGCUGUUUUCAAGCUCAAAAAGGACAAAUUUCACUACAUGGCGCUAUCAGACGAUAAGCAGAGGAUCAUGCCAACGCAGCAGGACCGCGAAAACAGUCGGCCCCUGGCCUACCCAGAGGCUGUUCUUUUGACCAACACAACCAAUCCUAAAGUUAGAGGAGAGGUGGACGACAAGUACCAGUACUCGUCGGAGGUCAAAGACAACAAAGUCCAUGGCUGGAUCUCCCCCGACCCGCCCGUUGGAUUCUGGAUCAUAACUCCCAGCGAAGAGUUUCGUUCAGCUGGGCCCACCAAGCAAGAACUCACCUCUCAUGUCGGUCCCACUGCCCUCUCUAUGUUUAUGAGCACUCAUUAUUCUGGAAAAGACUUGGAGAUGAAAUUUGAAGAAGGAGAGGCGUGGAAAAAAGUGUUUGGCCCCAUAUUUGUGUAUCUUAAUUCAGUUUCUAGUGAAAACGAUUCCCAAAAGCUGUGGGUAGACGCUAAAGAGCAGAUGCUUGUUGAGGUUGAUAGCUGGCCAUAUAAUUUCACUCAAUCAAGCGAUUUCCCUUCUGUUGAUCAACGUGGAACAGUGACGGGUCAACUGCUAGUCCGCGACGGGUACAUCAGCAAGAAAUUAAUUUGGGGGGGAUCUGCUUAUGUUGGUUUGGCAACUCCUGGAGAGGUGGGGUCAUGGCAAAGAGAAAGCAAGGGGUAUCAAUUCUGGACGCAAGCUGACAAUGAGGGACGUUUCGUAAUUAAAAACGUCCGACCCGGGGACUAUAAUUUGUACGCAUGGGUCCCUGGUUUUAUUGGGGAUUACAAAAAUGACACCAUGGUUACUAUUAAAGCAGGUUGGGAAGUAAAAUUGGGAGCCCUUGUGUAUGAGCCUCCGAGACAUGGUCCAACCCUAUGGGAAAUCGGCAUCCCUGACCGCACCGCCUCAGAAUUCUAUGUACCAGACCCAUAUCCAACGCUCAGUAACCGAUUGUACAACAAUCACACAGAAAAGUUCAGACAAUAUGGCUUGUGGGACCGAUAUACAGAUUUAUAUCAUGACCAGGAUCUCAUCUACACCAUUAAUGUCAGCGAUUAUCGUAAAGAUUGGUUCUUCGCUCAUGUUAACAGGAAUGUAAACAAUGAGACAUAUGAAUCAACAACAUGGCAGAUCAAAUUUGAACUUGUUAAUGCAAACAAGAACGGAAAUUACACACUCCAGUUGGCCUUGGCAUCAGCUAGUACAGCCGAAAUACAGGUUCGAUUCAACGACGCAAGCGCCAAAGUUGCUCACUUUUCAACAGGACUCAUAGGAAGGGACAAUGCCAUCGCGAGGCAUGGAAUCCACGGGUUGUAUUGGCUUUACAGCAUUGAUGUAACAAGCAAUCUAUUCCAUGAAGGAAGCAACACAAUCUAUCUCAGACAAUCAAGAAGUGGAUACACUUUUCAAGGAGUCAUGUAUGACUACCUUCGACUAGAAGGGCCUCCAGGAGCUUGAUCAUCUUGGGAACACAUAGUCAAAUUGAUUUAUCAUGUACAAUUGUAUGUAGCUAAAAGAACAAAAACCUUGAUUUUUUAGUUCAAAAAUGAAAUGAUAUUUUUGUGGU